GUGAAAAUGUUUCCUGUUUCUGAUCAAAUCGCUCGCCGGAAUGUGUGGGUUAAUGGUCCGGUCAUCGUCGGUGCCGGACCUUCUGGACUAGCUGUUGGUGCCUGUCUCAAAGAGCAAGGUGUACCCUUUGUAGUCCUUGAAAGAUCAGACUGCAUUGCCUCACUGUGGCAAAAACGCACCUAUGAUCGCCUCAAACUUCACCUUCCUAAGCAAUUCUGUCAACUCCCUAAACUCCCAUUCCCAGAAGACUUCCCUGAGUAUCCAACCAAGAACCAAUUCAUUGACUAUCUUGAAUCCUAUUCCAAGAAAUUUGAAAUCAACCCAAGAUUCAAUGAGUGUGUUCAGUCAGCUAAGUAUGAUGAGACUAGUGGGUUGUGGCGUGUUAAGACAGUCUCCACCACCAGCCACAGCACCGGCCGCACUGAGGUUGAGUACAUUUGCCGGUGGUUGGUGGUGGCUACAGGGGAAAAUGCAGAGUGUGUGACACCUGAAAUUGAAGGCAUUUCUGAGUUUGGUGGUGAUGUUGUCCAUGCCUGCCAAUACAAGUCAGGGGAGGAUUACAGAGGAAAGCGAGUACUAGUCGUCGGCUGUGGCAAUUCCGGCAUGGAAGUCAGUCUUGAUCUUUGCAAUCACAAUGCUCAACCAUCCAUGGUGGUUCGCAGCUCGGUUCAUGUAUUGCCAAGGGAAAUUCUUGGGAAAUCUACAUAUGGAUUGAUAGUUAUGCUGAUGAAAUGGUUGCCACUUUGGCUAGCAGACAAGCUAUUGCUAAUAAUGGCAUGGUUUGUGCUUGGGAAAAUUGAGAAAUAUGGACUGAAAAGGCCAAAAAUGGGUCCUUUAGAGCUCAAGAAUGCUGAAGGAAAAACCCCUGUUUUGGACAUUGGUGCAUUACAGAAGAUCAAAUCUGGUGAUAUAAAAGUUGUCCCUGGAGUCAAAAGGUUCUCAUUUGGUAGAGUUGAGCUUGUUAAUGGACAAAAUAUUGAAGUUGAUGCUGUAGUUUUUGCUACUGGAUAUCGAAGCAAUGUUCCUUCUUGGCUGCAGGAUAGUGAAUUUUUCUCUAAGAAUGGAUUCCCAAAGGCUCCAUUCCCAAAUGGGUGGAAAGGCAAAGCUGGGCUUUAUGCAGUUGGGUUCACAAAGAGAGGGCUCUCUGGUGCUUCCUUUGAUGCUAUGAAAAUAGCACAAGAUAUUGGUAAAGUAUGGAAAGAAGAAACAAAGCAGACAAAGAAGACACUUGCUUGCCAUAGGAGAUGCACUUCACAGUUCUGAUCUUGCAUUACUUCUAAUCCCACCUGAAGAUUCACCACCAUUUUUUUGUUUUGUUUUUUCUGGGUCGUCAACCA